UCGGCCACACCUUUGUGUGGAUAACAAGCCUAACCCAUCUUCAUCAUCACCAACCAUGGCUCUUGCCACCUCCGCCGCUGUAUUUUCCGGCUUCUCCACCAGACCGAAAACCUCCCCAUCUCUCCCCGGAAAGACAGCUACAUUGCCGCCUACCCGGCUCAAUGCGACUAAAGGCCCGUCCAGCGUCUGCCAGCCGCUUCCCCCCGACAGGCCAAUCUGGUUCCCCGGCAGUUCUCCCCCCGAAUGGCUCGACGGAAGUCUUCCUGGAGAUUUCGGGUUCGACCCGCUCGGGUUAGGAUCCGACCCGGAGCUGCUGAAGUGGUUCGCGCAGGCGGAGCUGAUGCACGCGCGGUGGGCGAUGCUGGCCGUGGCCGGGAUCCUGAUCCCGGAGUGGCUGGAAGGGCUGGGAUUCAUCGAAAACUUCUCGUGGUACGACGCCGGCGAGAGGGAAUACUUCGCCGACCCGACCACGUUGCUGGUGAUGCAGCUGGCGCUCAUGGGCUGGGCCGAGGGCCGCCGCUGGGCCGACAUGCUCAACCCGGGCUGCGUCGAUAUUGAGCCCACCUUCCUCCACAAGACUAAGCCCAAGCCUGACGUCGGAUACCCAGGCGGGCUGUGGUUUGACCCCUUGAUGUGGGGCCGGGGCUCGCCCGAGCCGGUGAUGGUGCUCAGGACUAAGGAGAUCAAGAAUGGGAGGCUUGCUAUGCUUGCUUUUGUUGGCUUCUGCUUCCAAGCGAUUUACACCGGUCAAGGCCCCAUUGACAAUUUGAUGGCCCACCUCGCCGAUCCCGGCCACUGCAACAUUUUCUCGGCUUUCACCACACACUCAUGAAAAGGGAAGAUUGUGAUUUUGGAUUCGGAUGAUUAAAUGUACAAGUGGAAUCAUCUAGGCAAUAUUGAAAAAGAAUCUCAUCUCCAAUUGUUAGGAUCAAUUGGCAUGUUUCAAAGUUAAUUGUAAGUUUGUUACAUAAAAGAGAAAUAGUACUACUACAUGUCUGUUGGUUCGUAUCCUUUUAAAUCAGCAGAUGAAUUGGUAUAACAAAAGUUACCAUUGGAAUUCAA